AUGGCAAGACCCCGAGACGGCUCGUCUGUUUCCUCCACCUCCGACUCAGAACCUGAGGAUGAGAGUCUGAUAGGGUUUUUCGAAGGCAUCACCCAGUCGUGUGUCGAUGCUAACUUUUCAGACGGAGAUGAAUCGACUUCUGCUUCCACGUACAUAUCCUGGCGGAUGCCCUCAAAUGAGUUUAUCGAGGGACAAGCUUUUAAUCUCCAAAUAUCAUCUCGAUGCCGCAUCUGCAGCCGUCGGGGACGAGCUGGAGAGCUUGUCUUCUGUAUGGGGUGUGGUAACUCCAAGCGACCAGCACAUAGAGCCUGUUUAGCGAGGGAUCGACAACACGUUAUGAGUCCUCGACGAAGGCUUAGCGUUGGCGAGGAAGAGUGCAAAGAGGUGGAUUAUUCUGACUAUGUCUUCACUCGGUACCUCCUUCAACCUCCUGCGGCCGAUUUAAAACUGGAAUUACACACCAAGGAUGCCACAUGUGCAUGGAUCGGAGUUCCGUCCCUACAGCGGUUUGACAAGCCACAGAUCCACAUUUGGCCUCGCCUUCAAGAUUUGCUCCAAAUGUCGCGAAAAGCCAAGCCGGGUCAGUAUCCCAAAAUUGUCUCGUUUAUUGGCGAGACAGGUUCAGGAAAGAGCACUCUGAUACGAAGCAUGAUCCAAAUGGCUCGACCUGAUCACCCCGAAGGAGAGUCAGUUCCGGUACCUGGGUCUCCAAGCGAUCGGUUUGCGUCCACAAGUAGUGAUAUCCAUGCCUAUAGCGAUCCCCUUACUCUCUCGACAAAAUAUCCAAUACUCUAUGCCGACUGCGAAGGCUUUGUUGGCUCCGAAAAGCCCAUAGCGCAAGAGAUUAUUGCUGCUCUUUCUGAACCCAAUUGGCUAUUCCAGUGGGAGUUUGGGGUGGAAUGUGCCGAACAAACAAUAAUGAGACGCUGGCAGGACAAACAAGAUAGGCUACGGAGACAGUUGAACCAGUUCUUGGACGGUGCUGAGAGCAGGAUCAAUGUUGAAUGGGGCAAACUUGACUACCCCGACCCCAGAGCGUCUGUUAUCAUGCAAGACUCAGAUGGACAAAGGCUGUGCACUGUCCAGAGCAAGACCAGAAAGCUCAUCGUCAAGUAUCUGUACCCUAGAGUCCUCUAUGGGUUUUCGGAUGUCAUUUGUUUCGUCACCACCAACGGAAGGACUUCCGACAGUUUCUUGGGUCAGCUAAUUGACUGGGCUCAACACUCACACGACCGAAUCCUCAACCAGCGAACAAAGCCUGCUCUUAUUGUCAUUCUCAAUAUCGUCGUUGAUAUAGACGACGGCUCAUCCUCUGAUGCGACCGAGGACCUGCUUCGGAGUUUCCAAAGAACUGAACGUUUUCGAACACUACAAGCCCUCUGGGAGGAGAGAGAACAUCCAAUCAGAAACACUUCUGAUCUACUCCUUUGCUACUACAGUGACUUCAAAGUAGUCCUUAUCCCUGCUAUAAGUUCCAAAAGUUCACCGGCCCAUGCAACCUCUGUUACCAAAAGUAUCAGGGAGUUAUACGAGACAAUUCGAGGUUCAGUUUCCAAUAUCAGCAGCGCCAAGGCUGACAGUGGUACAGAGUCAGACUUGGCUACUCUCAACACUCACAUGAACAGAUCUCUGAGUGUUUUGGGGCAGGAUCUUCGCGCUGCGCUUGAUCUUCACGACAUAGUAUUGAAUGAUUCAUCAAUUCCGACUAGGCUGAGCGAUCAUAUGGCAUCAACCCUACGGCAAAUGUGUAUCUUGCGCGAAAUAGACAGCACUGAUGCGAUUGGCGGCGAAGAGCGAGUUGUAGACGAAUUCACCCCAACUGGAACGUGGAGCAUUCGGAUUAAGCCAAAGGACGCAGCGCCACGCGUGUUGUCGCUGGAUGGAGGAGGAGUCCGUGGUGUUGUAGAGCUUUGCAUUUUGCGUCAGCUCGAAAGACAUGUUGGCUAUGGUAUCGCAAUCCAUGAGCUUUUCGAUCUCGUGGUAGGAACAAGCACAGGUGGCAUCGUCGCUCUUGGAGUGUUCCACCAGCGUUGGUCAACAGACGAUGCCAUUAAUAGGUUCCGGGCAUUGGCACGAAGAGCUUUCACGCUUCGAUUGGGACUCGGGAAUUCUUUCAUCAAAGCUAUUGCGCAGCCAUUCUAUGAGUUUCUCUAUACGAGUGAGGGCAUAGAGCAGUCAUUGCAAGGCUCGUUUGGUGGGGCAAAUCUGUUUGGUGCAUCUCUGGCUCAGAGAAACAGUACUGGCGGAAAGGAUUGGGUCAAGGUCGGCGUUGUUUCUUGUUUGCAGGGACGAAGCCAGGCAAAGUUGAUUGCGAAUUAUUCCAGGAACCCGAGAGCAGACACUGAUGAAGAAGAUUACCUUUCUCGUGAAGAUGAACAAUCAAAGGAUUUCAAAAUCUGGGAAGCGGCGAGAGCGACAUCUGCAGCACCAACAUUCUUCCAACCCUUCGUCCAUCCCGAAACAAAACGAUCAUACGUCGAUGGAGCUCUUAUGCACAACAACCCAGUAUCUCUAGCCUAUUCAGAAGUUGAGAAGAUCUGGCCUGGUUCCCUUCCUCCUGAUAUCAUUUUAUCAAUCGGUACUGGAAUGGUUGUUGAUCCCAAGUCAGGAAGUAUGAAGACAAAGCACAACUCCAAACUGGAGUCCUUCAAGAAGUACAUUCCUAGAGGCUACCUGAUGCGGAUAGAGGCUGGGCUGGGGAUUAUCCAGAGCUCAACUAGCUGCCACGAGGCUUGGAAAGAGUUUAGCAGUAUGUCCGUUACAGACCGUCGACUUAGGCAUAACUGUCAUCGCCUCAAUGUUGGUUUGAAACAGCGCGUGGAAAUGGAUGACGUGGAGAAAAUGGAUUCCCUUGUUGAAGAAUGUGAGAAGUACCUCUGCGAUGGUACCAAAAUGUUCUAUUACGACAAAACAUACAGAACAGCCCCUGAACACCUUCAAGCAGUAGCAAGACGACUCUUGGCAUCCUUGUUCUACUACGUCGGGCCUCUCGAGAGGACCAUGGAGAGAGGGAGAUAUAAGGGGAGGGUAUUUUGCAGAUUAGAAGCAGGUUCUGAAUCGGCAAAGGAACUGCUACGAGACCGUGUGCGAUUCCGGCUAGCUCAGGUUCCGGAAAACGGUGCCAAGGCAGUAUAUCCUCGCAUCCUCCAUCACCGGGAUAGCACCGGCUGGGAUCCAAGGGAUCUUUCAGCCGUUAUGGUUCUCAAGGUGGAAGAAGGGGUGUGCAGGCGAUGGAUCGAGGUAAAUCUGCCUCACUGGAGGGAUGAAUGGGAGCCCAUCUCUGGAUUCCAGUCUCAGAGACGCACCAAUGUGUGA